AUGGCCUGUAGGUCUGAUAGACCAGGAACCUGUCAGUGCAACCGAGAUCCAGUCAACAGUAUUCUUUUCCAAAUGCUUAAUUCAGGAGGAACAUCAAAAACAAAUCUUCACCAACACAUCUGUAACUUCGAUAGAGGAUGCCCCUGUGACAGGAAUAGGAAAGUGUUACUUAAGAAUCCUGAUGUCACCUGCAAGAAAGCUUCAGAUGUGUUAUUAAAGACAGUAACUUUUAUUAGAAAUUUGCCUUCCUUCUAUCAGCUGCUUCAAGAUGACCAGGUCCUGCUAGUGAGGCAGUGCUGGGCUCCACUUUUUGUCUUAGGUUUGGCUCAAGAGCAAGUGGCUUUUGAAUGGGAAGAGCUUUCUAUGCCCAGUCUACUGAAGAAGAUACUUCUUAAUCAGCCAUGUAAUGCUGGUGACAUCAAGUUGACAUCUGAUGCUGGAGUACCUUUCAAAGAAGUGCAAAGACUACAGAUGUUUCUGCAUAAACUCUGGAACUUGGACAUUUGCACAAAGGAAUAUGCUUAUCUUAAAGGCAUGGUGCUGUUUAACCCAAGAAUCAGAGGUAUGAGAUUCCCCCAGUAUGUUCAGACCCUACAACUGGAGGCUCAACACACGCUGAUGGAGUUCACAUCAAUGAUGCAGAACAUGAGUCAAGUCCGUUUCACGAGGAUGCUGGAGGCCCUGGACAUUCUAAAAACCAUUGACUCAAAAGUGAUCACAGAACUAUUUUUCAGACCAAUCUCUGGAGAAAUUAAUUUGGAAGAACUAUUGCUUGAAACGCUCUUUUUCAACUAG